AUGGCUGGAUCAGUUUGGCUUCAAGUUUUUAACAGGCUGUUCCAUGGACAAGUUUUCCACAAGGAGGAGAAUAAGGAACUUUAUGGAAAAUGUAAAAGGCAAGCCUGCCCUGUCAAUUUCUACCGCUCUGAGAUGGACACCCCCAGCUGCCUCAAGUGCCCUCCCCACAGCACAGCUAAGUCUGUGGGGGCCACAAUCUGCACCUGUGUGAGUGGCCACUACAGAACUCCUGGGGAAGGGCCCCAGGUAGCAUGCACACGUCCUCCCUCAGCCCCUCAAAACAUCAGCUUCUCUCUUUCGGGGACUCAACUCUCUCUGCAAUGGAAGCCACCCAAGGAUUCAGGAGGACGUCGAGAUGUGAGCUACAAUGUGGAGUGUGCACAGUGUCAGGGAAUAGCCCCAGAUGAGGGACUAUGUCAGCCUUGUGGGGCAGCUGUGCACUUCUCCCCUGGCACCAAGGGACUCACACUGCCUGCCAUUCAAAUCGAUGGCCUUGAACCCUACGCCAACUAUACCUUUCGUGUUGAAGCCAAAAAUGGAGUAUCUGACCUGGACCCAUCUGGUUCUCCCAGCGCUACGCUCAGCCUUAGCACUGGACAUGCAGAACCACUGUCCGGCUUAUCCUUGAGUCUGGUGAAGAGAGGACCCCGACGCCUAGAGCUCUCCUGGGCAGGUUCACGACCUCGAAGCCCUGGAGUAAACCUGAGCUAUGAGUUGCAUGUGCUGAACCAGGAGGAAGAGAGACACCAGAUGGUGCCAGAGCCCAGAGUGCUGCUGACAGAGCUACAGCCAGACACUACCUAUGUGGUGCGAGUCCGAACACUAACUCCUCUGGGUCCUGGCCCCUUCUCUCCUGAUCAUGAGUUUCGGACCAGCCCUCCUCUAUCUAAGGGCCUGUCUGGGGGAGAGAUCGUGGCUGUUGUUUUUGGCCUAAUGCUGGCGUUGGCUCUGAUCCUUGGAUUCCUCAUCGUCCGUACAAGGAGGAGAACUCAAAAGCAAAAAAGGCAGCGAGAAUGUCCUUCUGAUGGUGGAGAUCGUGAGGACAAACUCUGGCUGAAGCCCUAUGUAGACCUGCAGGCAUAUGAGGAUCCUGCGCAAGGUGCCUUGGACUUCGCUCGAGAGCUCGACCCAACGUGGCUGACCGUUGACACAGUCAUAGGGGAAGGAGAGUUUGGGGAAGUGUAUCGAGGGAUCUUGAGAAUCCCUGGCCAUGACUGUUUCACAGUGGCCAUCAAGACUCUGAAAGCUUCAUCUCCAGAUGGUCACUGGUGGAAUUUCCUUCGAGAGGCCACUAUCAUGAGCCAGUUUAAUCACGAGCACAUCUUGCACCUGGAGGGCGUGGUCACCAAGAGGAAGCCCAUUAUGAUCAUCACCGAGUUUAUGGAGAAUGGGGCCCUGGAUGCCUUCUUAAGGGCACAGGAAGAACAACUUGCCCCUGGACAACUGGUCUCCAUGCUUCAAGGUAUUGCCUCUGGUAUGAGCCACCUGAGUGACCAUAGGUAUGUUCAUCGAGACCUAGCUGCCAGAAACAUCCUUGUGAGCCAGAACCUGUGCUGCAAGGUAUCUGACUUUGGCCUGACCCGAUUGCUGGAUAAUGACCGCGAUGGCACUUAUGAAACCCAGGGAGGGAAGAUCCCAAUCCGUUGGACAGCCCCAGAAGCCAUUGCCCAUCGAGUCUUUACCUCAGCCAGUGAUGUGUGGAGCUUUGGGGUUGUGAUGUGGGAGGUGCUAAGCUUUGGGGAUAAGCCUUAUGGGGACAUGAGCAACCAGGAGGUGAUGAAGAGCAUUGAAGAUGGCUAUCGUCUACCUCCUCCUGUCGAUUGCCCUGCCCCUUUGUAUGAUCUCAUGAAAUGCUGCUGGGCUUAUGAUCGAACCUGCAGGCCUCGAUUCCGACAGCUUCAAACACAGCUAGAACAGCUGCUCGACAGCCCCCAUACACUGAGAACCAUUGCCAACUUUGACCCUCGCGUUACCCUUCGGCUGCCAAGUGUAAGUGGCUCAGAUGGGAUCCCGUACAGAAGCGUCUCUGAGUGGCUUGAAUCCAUCCGCAUGAAACGCUACAUACUGCACUUCAGAUCUGCAGGGCUAGACACUAUGGAGUGUGUGCUGGAGCUGACUGCCGAGGACCUGAAGCAGAUGGGAAUAACACAGGCUGGACAUCAGAAGCGAAUUCUCUGCAGUAUCCAGGGAUUCAAGGACUGACUUGUGGAGAGGACAAACUUGAAACCUACCCAUAAUGGCCAUCUUCAGCAGACCAUGCUGAGGGUGUAAUCUUUUAAUGCCCCAAUCCCUUAUCCUAGAUCAUUUAUGUUCUUGGUGCUGCUCUCACCCACACCUCCUAUGGAGGAAUUAUACCCUGUGGUUUGGGGGAGGAGAUGUUGUCUUGUUUUCUACUUGGAGGCAGGUAGGUAGUUAUGGGCAACACUUGGGGGCUAUUAGAUGGCUUUGGAGAUCGGCGUGUGAACUAUGACAUAUAUAUUUUUUGUAAAUAAAUAGCUUAGGACAGA